CAUAAAAUUCAAUAUUAAUAUCAAAUUAUGAAUAUACUUUUGAAAUAUACUUAAUUAAUUAUUAAUUAGUUAAACACUGUUUAAUGAAAUCUAACUUCAAUUUGCAGCGAUCGUAGGUUCGCCUUGUCUCGUGUGUUCAAUUUGCAUACUGCAUUACUGUAUAGAUAGUAGGUGAAAAUGGAAAACGUACAGCAAAGUUCCAAUGGAUCUAGUUUCAAUGAUUACAACGAUGUCAAUUUGACUAUACGGAUUCUAUUUCAUGGCCGAGAAGUCGGAAAUGUGAUUGGUAAAGGAGGUGAAACUGUAAAAAAUAUAAGAGAUCAGUCUGGUGCUAGAGUUUUAAUCUCUGAUGGUUCAACUCCAGAACGUAUUGUGACCAUUACUGGAACUACAAAUGCAAUUUGUAAAGCUACUGAACUUAUUGGAUUAAAAGUUGAAGAAUUUUUUGAAAGACAAAAUGGUGAUUGGAAUGGCCCAAAAGCUCCUUUGACAUUUAAGCUAAUUGUUCCAGCAUCUCAAUGUGGUUUUAUAAUUGGUAAAGGUGGAUGUAAAAUAAAAGAAAUUAGAGAAUCAAGUGGAGCUGCCAUACAAGUAGCAUCAGACAUGUUACCCAAUUCAACUGAACGUCUAGUCUCAAUUACUGGUACCACAGGCACAAUAUCUCAAUGUGUUUAUCAAGUGUGCAACGUCCUAUUAGAUUCUCCACCACGCAGUGCAACAAUUCCUUAUGAUCCUCGUAGUAAAACUUCAGGAUUUGCUAGUAGUGCAGUUGGUAAUGACUUUGGACGACAACGUACUAAUCCUUUGGCUAGUCUUGCAGCUCUUGGGUUAGGAACUGCAUCAACUGGAGGUAUCAAUCCAGCUGCCUUGGCUGCAUUGGCUGGAAGUCAAUUGAGAACUGGUAAUCGUCAAAACCGAAAUGGUGGUGGGGAACAUAAAAAUCAAAAUUCUAAUUCAAACACUGAGACAAUAUCAAUGACUGUACCAAACGAUUUAAUCGGAUGUGUCAUUGGCAGAAGAGGAAGCAAAAUUGCAGAAAUACGACAAAUAAGUGGUGCUUUAGUACAUAUAGCUAAAGGUGAAGGAACUCAUGAAAAUGGUGAAAAUGAAGAUCGGCAUAUAACAAUUACAGGAAACAAAGAUUCUAUAUCAGUUGCCAAGUACUUAAUUGAAAUGAGUGUGGAACUGCAGAAAGCCAAUCUUGAGGGGGCAAACUCAUCCUCUAGUCCUGAUGAUGGAUCCAGCUCAACCUUGCCCACUCCUCCAACAGUGGCCGCAUCUCCUUUGUCGUCCGCCAUCCCAUUGGCUCAACUAUUUGCCAAGCCGGGUGCCAUUAAUGCCUUAUCCAGCUUAUCUGCUCUUGGCGGCCUAACCGACCUCUUGGGAGCCUUAUCUGGCGCCAAUCAAUCCCCUCCGAUACAGACCACAGGUGUCCAUCGUCCGAAAAAUUAUUUCCAGAGAAAUCGCAGUCCUUCGGGCGAAAAAACCAAAGCGGACAGGACCAAGUUUGCUCCUUACUAAAUGCUAAUUGAUCCCAAAUCCACCAAUUAUUGCUAUUCGUACUAAUGUUUUGUCCUACCCAUCUUCAUCUCUUUAUUUUUAUGUAGUUUUUUUAAUUAUUUUAUAAUUUAUUUAAUAAUCAUUUAGAAAACUUCUGAUUUUCAAAAGUUUGAGGAUAAUUUUAAAAACAUUUUAUUUGUUUUUAAAAUAUUUUUAGCAAGGUUGAUUUUCUUUAUGGAGUUUAAUUUAAAACAUUAUAGACAAAAAUCACUUUCAUGGGUGGAAUUAUUGCAUUUUAAGGUUUUAAUAUAUCAUUUUUAUUUAAUAUAUUUUAUUGUGU